CACACUCUCUCUUUCCUCUCCUUUUCGUCCACCGCUUGCAGCUUCAGACAUUUGGGGAAUCCUGAAACGAGUUGUUCCCGCAAAGAGGCAUUGCCAACUUAGUGUAGGUUCAAUCUGAAUGAACAGAGGAAACAGAAAGAGGCAGUUUCACUAAGAGCGCUGAUAUUCCUGCCCUCCCGCGUUCGCUCCUUCAUGUCUUUUGUUGUGGACACUGGCUGCGCUGGUUGGACACCGUGAGACCCUCUCAGAGGCUUCUUGAUUAUGGACAUAGAGACACUGUAGAGCCCUUUACACUGCAUGUACUCUCGACUUGCUGAUGGAAGUUGUGCGGCGGGACUGAUCGUCGAGUCAGAUCAACGGGACAUUCACUACUGGGGAGUGGCAGAAGAGUUGCUGUCUCCUCGCACGGGCCCCGUCCCCAUGGACCUGCGUGUGGGCGAGCGUCUGGUGCGUCCAGGUUCGGACACGGCCUUCCUGUCCCCUCUGCACCCGCCUCUGCUGAUCGGGCCCUUCAGCGCGCAGCACUGUUCCCAGUACAGCCAGUCGCAGCUGCAGCACAUACAGCAGUAUAAUAUGGAGCAGCAUCUACGAGACCAGGAACAAGCGAAACAACAGCUACAGCAACUCAAACACAAGGACAAGAGUCAACAGAGUGCUGUGGCCAGUGCGUUGGUGAAGCAGAAACUGGCGCAAGUGAUUCUGAAGAAACAGAAGCAAGCGGUCCUGGAGAGGACGAACUCCAACCCCCUGAGCCCCGCAUCGGUGGCCUACCGGGAGUUGGUUCCCGAUCCCAGCGCUCCCCUACAGUCGCUCCUGCCCUCCACCAAACCAACCCUCAUAGAAGGAUGCGACGAACCGACGAACCUGAGACGAGCACGGUCAGAGCCCAACCUGAAGGUGAAGCACAAGUUAAAGAAGCACCUGAACACCCGGAAGAGUCCGCUGACCCGCAAAGAGAGCGCGCCGCCCACCGUCAAGCACCGCGGUCCUGACGCGCUGGACUCGUCGCCCAGCAGCAGCAGCACUCCAGUGUCGGGCUGCAGCUCCCCGAACGACAGCCUGCCCAAUGAGAACGGAGCGCUGCCCGCGGCCGCCAGCCUGUGCCAUGAGGCUCAGAGGCUGCUGUUGCAGGACGGGUCUCUCGCUCACUUCACAGUGCAGAAUCCGUCCAGUCUGCCCACCAUCACGCUAGGCCUCCCCGCCAACACCAAGGCGGAGAGCGAGUUGGGCUCACUGAAGCUGGGUCGUGUGCCGGUGGGACCGGGCGCUUCUCCGCUGCUGGUUCCUCUGGGUGUGGAGGAGCAGACGGGACAGCUCAUGCAGCCCGUGCUCAUCCUGGAGCCCUCUGGACUCGUGCACGCCCCGAUGCUGGCCGUUCCAGGUCUGGGUCCGGUUCCUCUGCAGUUCAGCGCGUCUGGUCCUCAUAAGCCUCUGAGCCGCACGCGCUCGGAGCCGCUGCCCCAGAGUCCCCGGGCCCUCCACCCGCACCUGCUCCAGCACAGCGCUCUGGUCCUCGAGAGGCUCAAACAGCAGACGCACCUGGGCAAGCUCAUGUCGAAGUCCAGCGAGAAGCCUCGUCUGCGGCAGAUCCCGUCGGAGGACAUGGACUCGGAGGAGGGGGGGCCGUCAGCGGGGGACCCGCACCAGGGCCGGAUCAGGGCCGAGUCACAUCGAGAGAUGGAGAACCAGGAGGAGCACAUCAACCUGCAGCACACACUCAUCCUCAACCAGUCACGUCUGUGGGAAACGCAGAAACAACUCCAGCAACUGCGCAGACAGACGGCCCACAUGGAGACGCUGACGGUACCCAUGAUGCUCGGCGGCAUGCACCGGCCGCUGUCCCGCACGCAGUCGUCUCCCGCCUCCACCUCGCUGACGCUGCCGGACAAAACCUUGCCUCUGUCCUCGACCACGGAGCCGUCCCAGAGCCAACCGCGCUUCACCACGGGUCUGGUGUACGACUCCCAGAUGCUGAAGCACCAGUGCACGUGCGGAGACAACAGCAGCCACCCCGAGCAUGCUGGGAGAAUCCAGAGCAUCUGGUCCCGCCUGCAGGAGAGGGGCCUCAGGGGCCAGUGCGAGAGUAUUCGAGGAAGAAAAGCCACCCUAGAAGAGUUGCAGUCCGUCCACACGGAGCGACACGUCCUGCUGUACGGCACCAAUCCACUCAACCGCCUCAAACUGGACAAUCGCAAACUGGCCGGCAUACUGUCACAGCGGAUGUUCGUCAUGCUGCCCUGCGGGGGAGUCGGGGUGGACAACGACACCAUCUGGAACGAGAUGCACACCUCCACAGCGUCCCGCAUGGCGGCCGGGAGCGUGACCGAGCUGGCCUUCCGAGUGGCCAAAGGAGAGCUCAAGAACGGCUUUGCUGUGGUUAGGCCACCGGGACAUCACGCAGACCCGUCAAACCCCAUGGGUUUUUGUUUCUUCAACUCUGUGGCGAUCGCUGCCAAGCAGCUCCAGCAGAAACUCAGUGCCAGUAAAAUCCUCAUCGUUGACUGGGACGUUCACCAUGGCAACGGCACCCAGGAAAUCUUCUACAAUGACCCCAGCGUCCUCUACAUCUCCCUCCAUCGCUACGACAAUGGAAACUUCUUCCCCGGAAGUGGUGGGCCGGCAGAGGUGGGUUCUGGUGCCGGUGAGGGUUUCAACGUUAAUGUGGCGUGGACCGGUGGACUGGAUCCUCCCAUGGGCGACGCAGAGUACCUGGCUGCCUUCAGGACGGUGGUGAUGCCCAUUGCUCAGGAGUUUUCCCCAGACGUGGUGUUGGUCUCUUCAGGGUUUGAUGCCGCAGAAGGACAUCCCGCUCCUUUAGGAGGAUACAAAGUCACUGCGAAAUGUUUUGGGAUUUUGACUCGGCAGCUGAUGACGUUAGCAGGAGGACGCGUGGUUCUAGCAUUAGAGGGAGGUCACGACCUCACGGCCAUAUGCGAUGCGUCUGAGGCCUGUGUCAGCGCCCUGCUGGGCCUGGAGGAUUCUCUUCCCGAGUCGACUCUAGUGCAGACGCCCAAUGCCAACGGAGUGCUUUCACUGCAGAGAGUCCUGCAAAUACAGAGUCAGUAUUGGUCGUCACUCAAGCCGUUGGUGGGCACAGUGGGUAUGUCGUUUCUGGGUGCCCAGAGGAAAGACUGUGAGGAAACAGACACCGUCAAUGCGAUGGCGUCCCUCUCUGUGGGGGUCUUGACCAGCAAAAGCCUUGCUGAUGAACCCAUGGAGCACGACGACGACGACUCCCUUUAAACCAGGUCUUUACUCGUCUGAAAAACUGUCCAGUACCAAAUGGCGCUCCACAUGACGUGAACGAGCCGUGCCUCAGACCAGCAGUGCCUCAGGGGGCGUGGCUUCCUCAUCAUGGCCCCUCCCCCAAGACGCCACCUCAACACUGACCACCAGCGCAGCGCGGCUAAGCUAACAACACAGCUACAGUUCGGCUGGGGCUCUGGGAUCCACUUCAUCGUCUCCAUUCAAGAACCAUGCAAACAAUCACACUAGAAUGCAUGAGGCCUCUUCGUGCGUUAGUGUGUUUUUAACGUUCACUAAAAGGACGCACUCGCGAACUCGCAGAUAUUCACCUCUGGUGCCUCAAAAGAGACUAUUUACUUUAGCUGGAGAUGCGAAACCAGAUUUGUGGGAACGGUUGAGGAUUAUUUAACCUUUUUUUUAAAGGCAGCCCACUUUACUACCCCUGACAAGCGAACUAUUGAAGUGCUGAGAGAAAAUAAGGGGUUUCCUUGCACCUGGCAACCGCAAAGUGGCUCCACUCUAUGAUGUCAUUACUAUUAACCAAUUUAACCACUAAAGACGGAGAAGAAGAAAUAACGAUCUCGACAACUGUGGGUUUUAGAAAUCUUAAUUUUUUUUGCACUGUGCAUUCCAUAAUGUGAACCGUGAAAUUUUCCAAACCUCUGGGAAAAGAAAGAUCUAAUUCUGUAUCUAGUUUGACGCUUAACGUUCUUUUAAAGUGAAGCAAAAAACAGUUGCAUUCUUGUCAAGUUCAGUUACAUUCGACCUGCAUUCCCAGCAUGAAGGCUGUAAACCUGAAAACUUCAAGAUA